GACAACAACAAUAGAGGAAGAGGAAGUCUUUUACAUAUUCGGUAAAAUCGGUUGAAAAUUGUUCGAAAAAUUAAAGUAGAAGCGAAAUAAACAAGCGGCGGGAAAGUUUACAGAGCAUAAAUAAUUUAAUAAUGGCUAUUAUAAUAAUUGUAUCAUAAUCGUUCACAUAUCUAAGUUCAAAACUAUUUCAUCGAAACUCCUAUCGGAGUCAAACGGAAAGAUGUCGAAUAGAUCACCGUCAAAUCAUGUGGGGGAUACGAUGCGAGAAAUUAAAGUGUGUCUUUUAGGGGAUACUGGUGUGGGAAAGUCGUGUCUAGUGCUUCGUUUUGUUUCGGAUCGCUUUGACGAUCGAUCCAAGCCGACUAUAGGAGCAUCAUUCAUGUCAAAAAUGUUUGUUGUUGACGAGCAAGCAUACAAGUUUCAAAUAUGGGACACUGCAGGCCAGGAACGGUACCGCAGUCUUGCCCCUCUUUAUUAUCGUGAUGCAAGUGCAGCCAUUGUGGUCUAUGAUAUUACUAAUCAGAGUAGUUUCUAUGCGCUUAAAGAUUGGAUCAAAGAAAUUAGACGCUAUGGACCAAAUGAAUGUGUUAUAGCAAUCGCUGGAAAUAAAUGUGAUUUGGAUGAUCAACGAGAGAUUUCGAUGCAAAGUGCUAGAGAGUAUGCAGAAAGUGUCGAGGCAAUUUUUACAGAAACUAGUGCUUUGUCUUCGAGAAAUGUCCAGGAACUUUUUAUUGAAAUAAGUAGGCGAUUACCACAGCCUAUAUAUGAACGGCAUGGCUCUACAAUUCCAAAAAUAACACCAGAAAACCACGAUACACCAAAGCGGUGUUGUUGACAGACAUCUUGACUUGCCAGCAAAUCAUAUCCAAUUAUCUUUUUCAAGAUGAAUUGCACUGUGUAGUGUGCUAGAAUAUCUGAGGAGAAAUAAUAUUACUUUUCUACACCCAUUCAGACAUUUUAUAUUCUUAUUGUAAUAAUUAUAUUAACUGAAGUGCAUUCAAGUAUAAUUUUGUACUAAUUUAAUAAUUAAAAUUUGUUGCACGAUAUGAAAUUUUCAGCUCAUUAGCAUGAUCAAACAAUUAAACAGGGAAGUAAAUGUUUUUUAGAAGUGGUUAAUAAUUUCAAUUUCUCCAUUGAAACAAAGAACUUCUUGUUGUAUGUAUAUUAUUCCAGCUGAAUUGCUUUAAGAUGUAUGUCAAUACCAAUUGUAAUAAAAAUGUGUUUUAGUGCUUAA